AUGAACAGCAACAACAACAACAGCACUUGGACGACUACAAACAUCAAGCAUUCUGGUGUAAUGACAACUCGUAAUGAUGAUGAUGAAAUUGGUGGAGGUUUGAUUGAAGAGGAGCAUGCUUCUUCUUCUUCUUGGACUCCCAAUUCAUCAUCAUCAUCAUCACCGACGACGAAGACGACGACGACUUCAGAAGUAACAUUCUCACCAACACCAUGGUGUGGCACCACCACCCUGACAACCACUCCUCCUUCUCCUCCUCCUUCCUUCGAAUAUCUUUGUGAUGAUUUGUAUUCACCACUCUCAUCUCCACUCUCUUCACCAUCCAUACGAACAUUAUUGAAUUCAUUGAAGAGCAGUCUGUCAGCGAGCAAUCAAGAGGAUGAUCAUGAUGACGAGAACCAUCCUCCAUCACCACUCGAUCCUCAUGCCUUUUCAUUGGACCAUUCCCAACUAUCGAAAGAGAAUCAUUCACUUCCAUCAUUAUCCUCUUGUGAUGGCAUCGUCCAGAAUUCUGCAACAACAUCCACUCGUCGGAGUCGUCGGAGUCCUUCGUCAGAACUUGUCUCUCAAAGAAGAACUGACACCACCACCUCUUCAGGUCAGUUACUUUCAAAUGUUGUUGCACCCAGCACUCACUGUAUCAUCAAUAGUAGAAUGAUGACUCAUACAUCAUCAUCAUCAUGUAAUAAUAAUAUCACCACCACCAACAACAAUAAUAUCACCAACAACAACAACAACAACACUACUACCACCAACAACAACAAUACUACCACCUAUCACCAACAGUACAAGUGUCUCAAUCACAACAACUCUGAGUUAAAUAUUCAAAGAAGAGCCUUCUCAUUCAUCAAUGAUCCAAACACCACCUUGUCAUCCAAUAAUAAGAAUUCUGAUAUUUUGAAUGUUCUCUUGAACGAUUCUUAUCUUACUUGUGUACAAAACAAGGAUGAGAAUCAUGACGUAAAAGUUCAUGAACAACACUCUCAACAACACUCUCAACAGAGAGGACUUUUCACAUCCUCCAUCGAUUAUGAUGGUGACACGGAAGAUGACCCUAUACAUUUUAAUAAGAGAAUGAAUCUUGUCGAGAUCAUGAGUGGUGGUGGUCAUAGUAGUAAUAAUAGUCAUAAUAGUACUACUACUACUACUGACCAUGCAAUUUCUAACGAGACUACUAUUCAUGCUUUUAAAAACUCCUCCUCCUCCUUCUCAACAACAAAUUCACAUGUUAUUGAUUAUUAUCAUGAUUUAAUUAACAAAUUAUCAAGAUUAGAUUUUGGAAUUAUUUAUUCCAUUCUCUCCUAUUAUUUAUUUAUUAUUGAUGAUUGGUUUAUUUAUACACAAUUAUUAGUGUAUCGUGAUGAAAGACUUUCGAGAAAUGCUGCUGCUACUACUACUACUACUACUGAUGAUGUUCUAUAUAGAAAUCAUUCUCAUCGAAAUCAUUUUCAUCAACAACAACAACAACAAGACUGCAAAUUCAAGAACCUCAACAAGACUCCAAAUCAUCAUCAUUAUGAAUCAUCAUCAUGUACCUCUCUCAUCAUGAAAAUGUUCUAUGGAAAGAAAUACAAUCAUUUAUUUCAAGUGUUUCCUUCCAUUUCCUUGAAUGUGACCAAUCCUGAAUUUUUGAAAUAUUUCAUGAGUGAAUCAUUGAGUAUCAAUAGUAAUAGUAGUAAUAGUAGGAAUAGUCAUAAUCCUAAUAAUAAUCACAAUACUAAUGGUAUGUAUAGUAGUAAUAGUCAUAAUAGUCAUAAUAUCAAUAUUGCAUCAUCAGAGUUCAAUCGUAUUCAAACUUGUCAUGCACUCAAGAGUGUGAUCAAUAAUUGUUCACAUUUCAUUGCGAAUCAACAUUUUAAUGAUCUUUCACAUUUAUUUGAAUUUAAAAGAUUGAAAUCCUUUCAUUUACCUUAUGGAUUUAAAGAUGACAUUCAUUUAUCACAAUUAUUACACAAAUCAAGAAAGUCAUUGGAGAGUAUGAGUGUCACCCCUAUGGCAUUUGACAGUGGUGUGAUGAGUUCAUCCAAUGCUACUAUUCAUCGAACCACUACUACAAUUACUACUACAAUUACUACCACUUCUACUAAUGCUACUAUUCAUUCAAGGACUAGUCCUUCAUCAUCCUUGUGGUGGUCCAAUGAUGAUGUACAUGUUCAAACCCAUCUAACACAUCCAUCUACUCCUCAUCCUCUACAAUAUCCCAAUCUUAAAUCUCUCACUCUCUAUUCCAAGUAUUUAAAUCAAAUUGAUUUUGACAAGUUACAACUUUAUUCCUUGAAUUCUCUCUCUAUUUAUUUGAAAUAUCCAGUGAUUGAUCAGAAUUAUGUAUCACUCAAGAAUUUUAUUCAACACGUUGUUUGUUCCCCAUCCUCAUCCUCCUCCUCAUCAAUUACAGAUUUACAUUUUCAUUUCAAUAUGAGUCAUUAUAUUCAAUAUUUUACAAGUGAGAAUCAUUUAAAUUCACUUUCAUUGACCUAUUGUCAAAUUCCACCCAAUUAUCAUUGGAAUAUUUUUACAAAAUUAAAUGAUUUAACAUUGAAUAUUACCAAUCCAUUGGAAUUGAAUCAUUUAAUUACUAAAAUUGGUCAUCAAUUGAAAAGACUCUAUUUAAUUCUUGAUAUUGAAGAAUUUUCAUCAUCCAAUAGUUUUGAACAUUUCAAUGAUAAAUGUCCCAAUUUACAAGAAUUACAAUUAAGUCAUGUCAAUUACAGUAUUUCAAAACAUUUAAAUCAAUCUCAAAGUAUUGUAAGAUUUGGAUGUGAUAGUGCUCUCAAUGAUUUGAUGUGUAUUGAUCUGUUGUUGAAUAUUAAGAAUUUAUCAAGAUUGGAUUUGAAAGUAAUGGUGAAUAUGUAUUCCUUGAUUGAUCUUGUGUUGUUUCGAUCUCAAAAGAUGAAAAGUAGUAAUUCUGAAAGGAGUAAUGGUACUACUAAAAAUGAUGCUGCUAUUACUACUAUAAAUGGUAAUAAUGGUACUACCACUAUAAAUGGUACUGCGACUGCUGGCAAAUGCUCAACAAGAGACAACAAUAACAUCCUUUCAUCCCUUCAUCUCAAUAUUGAGUGUUUGAUUCAAUCGUCAGCAGUAACAACGACUACUUGCAUCAAUAAUACCAACAACAACAACAACAACAACAACAACACUUCGAAUAGUAAUAGUAAUGGUCAAACUCUUCACUCUAUUGUUGAAUCAAUAACAACAACCACACGUACGACUCGAAGUCAAAGUCUAUUCAACAAUAAUUACAUUCCACCACGAACAUUACGAGCAAGUACUUUUAACAGUAGUGAAAGGAUGACACCAAUGAAUACUUUUACUAGUGAUAGUAGUAGUAAUAGUGGUAGAAGUACUAAUAACUCUACAACCAUCACCAUGACUCAUCCAUCAUCCUCUUUUCCUCCUACACUUCUUGGAAGAAAUCAAUUCAAUUCUCUUAACAUUCAUCGACUUGAAUUAAUCUAUCGUGAACAUGAAACUAUUUCUGAUUUGAGUUUUUUAACCUAUUUUAAAAGUAUUGAAGAAUUAUCGAUCAAAUAUGGUACCAUCUAUUCUCCUCUAUUUUCUCAAUUAUUAUCUUUAACAAGUAUUAAGAAAUUAACUCUAUUUAAAACCAAUAUUAAUCAUGUAUUUCUCUCAAACAAGUACAAGGUAUUAACCUUUCAAAAUAUUGUAUUCAUUGAUUGUCAUUUGAAUUCAAAUUUUUUGAAAUUAUUAAAUGACUAUCCAGGGAUGGUAUUUGAGGAGGAGAAGGAAUGUGAUUCGAGGAGUGGUAGUAGUAGUAGUGGAAUUACUAUUACAAAUACUAGUAGUAGUGGUGGUUUGGGUACGAGUGGUGGUGGUGGUAGAGGAGGAGGAGGAGGAAGAAGUGCUAAUGAUGGUACUAGGAGUGCUAAUGGUGAAGCCAUCAUGACCACAAUACCUACUACUACUACUACUACUACUACUCCUUCCACAAUUCAUGAUACAAUUCGACCUUCAAAAAUGAAUCAUCAUUCAUCCUGCAUGAUGAGGUUCAAUUAUAUCAUGGAUGGUUAUUCGUUGCAUGUGGUUGGAAUACCAAAGAUUGUCGUUGUACAAGAUGAUUUACACAAGUUGCAACAACAGGAGAGUAUUUCAACAACAACAACAACAAGUUCUUCCUUAGUGUCGUCUGCUGCUUCUUCAAUGAAUCAUGAUGAUGUGAGUUGUCAUCCCUCUUGUUGUAUUCAAUAA